GACAGCGGUCCUAUUCUUCUUUCUCCACCUAAAAAGAUGUUCGCUCGUUCUGUUGCCCGUAUUGCUAGACCCGCCGCUGCCUCCAUCAAGGCCCGUGGCUUUGCUACCGCCAGCCGCGCUACUGCUGCCGCUGGUAGCCGCAUGGCUGCUUUCGCCACCGCUGGUGCCGUUGCUGCCGGUGCUGCUUCUUAUGCUUACUUCCAGAACGUCCAAAGCCCCAUCCACGCUGAUGCCAAGCCUAUUGCCGGUGUCAAGGGUGGUGCCAACGAACGUACUUUCAUUGCUGUCAAGCCUGAUGGUGUCCAGCGCGGUUUGGUCGGUAAGAUCAUCAACCGUUUCGAAGAACGUGGCUACAAGCUCGUCGGUUUGAAGGCCGUCGUUCCCUCCAAGGAUUUGGCUGAACAGCACUAUGCUGAUCUUAAGGGCCGUCCUUUCUUCGGUGGUCUCGUUGACUACAUGACCAACGGCAAGGCUCCCGUUAUUGCUAUGGUCUGGGAAGGCAAGGAUGUCAUCCGUCAGGGCCGUUCCAUGAUCGGCGCCACCAACCCUCUUGAGGCUGGUCCCGGUAGCAUUCGUGGUCAAUACUGUAUCUCUGUUGGCCGCAACAUCAUCCACGGUUCCGACUCUUACGAGUCCGCUGAAAAGGAAAUCGGUUUGUGGUUCGGCAAGGCUGGUGAACUCAUUGAAUGGGAAGCUGCCAACGCUCAAUGGAUCUUCUCCGACAACUAAGUACCUUGAGGUCAUUGCCUCAGGAAUAGAUAUACACAAUAAAAGCAUGAAAGA